CUCGCUAGGUGACACUGAUAAAAGCACUUCCGUUAGAAUUGUUUAGCUUUUUAAGAACAGGCAUGCAGUUGUUAUUAUCAAACAAUGGUACGAUAAACAGACGUGAAGAUGGACAAAGAUUCAUUUUUCAAGGACAGAGUGCUACACAGACUCUAUGGAGACAAAGAUACUGACCUAGUGAAGCAUCAGAAUGAUCGGUCAUCACAUGAGACAACUAGGACAAGCCCCAGCCACCAGGUGGCUGCAAAGAGGAAGAUGUACACCGUGUCUCCAGCUCCCUGUGACUGGGGGGACAACUCUGUCAACAACAAUGUCAAAACCUCGACAGAGUUACCUCCCAUCAUCAGUGAAUCAGACUCGUCAGAGACAAACGAAUCUGAUGAUGGCGCUCAAACACCAUAUAAAAGGAGAAAAAGAAGAGGAAAAAGGUUUAAGAUUGAUCCAAAAAAAGCUGAUGUGCCUCGAUGUGAGUCAGGAACAUUAGAUGUAAAAUCUGAAUCAUCAAAACAAACAAAUAAUUUUGAUUCCAAUUCAGGUGAACUGACAAAAUUGACAAAAAAUCAGAAGAGGAAGUUAAAGAAAAAGAAACAGAAAGAGAAGGUGAAAGAAAGUUUGCCCAGUGACCUCAACACAGAGUUUGUGUAUGGAGGAACGUGUGACCAGUGACCUCAACACAGAGUUUGUGUAUGGAGGAACGUGUGACCAGUGACCUCAACACAGAGUUUGUGUAUGGAGGAACGUGUGACCAUUGACCUCAACACAGAGUUUGUGUGUGGAGGAACAUGUGACCAUUGACCUCAACACAGAGUUUGUGUGUGGAGGAAUAUGUGACCAGUGACCUCAACACAAGUUUGUGUGUGGAGGAACGUGUGACCAGUGACCUUAACACAGAGUUUGUGUGUGGAGGAACAUGUGACCAUUGACCUCAACACAGAGUUUGUGUGUGGAGGAAUAUGUGACCAGUGACCUUAACACAGAGUUUGUGUAUGGAGAAACAUGUGACCAUUGACCUCAACACAGAGUUUGUGUGUGGAGGAAUAUGUGACCAGUGACCUCAACACAGAUUUUGUGUAUGGAGGAAUAUGUGACCAGUGACCUCAACACAGAUUUUGUGUGUGGAGGAACAUGUGACCUCAACACAAAGUUUGUGUAUGGAGGAAAGUGUGACCUCAACACAGAGUUUGUGUAUGGAGGAACAUGUGACCAUUGACCUCAACACAGAGUUUGUGUAUGGAGGAACGUGUGACCUCAACACAGAGUUUGUGUAUGGAGGAACGUGUGACCUCAACACAAAGUUUGUGUGUGGAGGAACAUGUGACCAUUGACCUCAACACAGAGUUUGUGUAUGGAGGAAAGUGUGACCAUUGACCUUAACACAGAGUUUGUGUGUGGAGGAAUAUGUGACCAGUGACCUUAACACAAAGUUUGUGUGUGGAGGAACGUGUGACCAGUGACCUCAACACAGAGUUUGUGUGUGGAGGAACAUGUGACCAUUGACCUCAACACAGAUUUUGUGUGUGGAGGAAUAUGUGACCAUUGACCUCAACACAGAGAUGGUGUGUGGAGGAAUAUGUGACCAGUGACCUUAACACAGAGUUUGUGUGUGGAGGAACCUGUGACCUCAACACAGAGAU